CGUAUGGCCUGGGAACGUACUGACGCACGGGAGUUCUCCCCUCUCAUCGCUGUCUCCGUGUUGGUGGGAAGUCUUCGAUUUAUCUCUCCCUCAGUGUAAUUGAAGGGAAGGGUAGGGGAGACAUCGCUGCCGCUGCUUGUCGGCUUUCACUGAGUCUUCAGGAUGUCUGAUAGCGACGGUAGCAACUUCACUGAUGAUGAGAGUUCCCGCAGCAGUGAGGCAGAGGAACAAGAGGAAAUUGAGGAGGAGGAAGAGCAUGCCAGUAGGGGCAGUGAGAAAGCGGAGGGAGAAGGUGAGAUAGAAGAAGCGGAAGAAGCUGAUGAGGAAGAGGAGGAGGAGGAAGAGGAGGAGGAAGAGGAGGAAGAGGAAGAGUAUGAUGAGGAAGAUGAUGAUGACCGACCCAAGAAGAAGCCACGACAUGGAGGAUUCAUCUUGGAUGAAGCUGAUGUGGACGAUGAGUAUGAAGAUGAAGAUCAGUGGGAGGAUGGAGCAGAAGAUAUCCUUGAUAAAGAAGAAAUUGAAGCCUCCAACAUUGACAACCUGGUGCUUGAUGAAGACCACUCCGGAGCAAGACGAUUGCUGAACCAUUGGAGAGACAAAAGAGAAGAGGAACUUGGCGAAUAUUAUAUGAAUAAAUAUGCCAAGCCAACAGCAGGAGAUCAUUUCUAUGGCGCAUCAGAUGAACUCUCAGAUGACAUCACACAGCAGCAGUUACUGCCUGGUGUAAAGGAUCCUAAUUUGUGGACUGUGAAAUGUAAGAUCGGUGAAGAACGAGCAACAGCUAUUUCAUUGAUGAGGAAGUUUGUUGCCUAUCAGUUUACAGAUUCGCCCAUCCAAAUCAAGUCUGUUGUUUCCCCUGAGCACGUGAAGGGGUACAUUUAUGUUGAGGCAUACAAACAGACUCAUGUCAAGCAGGCCAUCGAGGGUGUGGGGAACCUCCGGAUAGGGUACUGGAACCAACAGAUGGUUCCUAUCAAGGAAAUGACAGAUGUGCUGAAGGUGGUGAAGGAGGUGACCAACCUGAAACCGAAAUCCUGGGUUCGUCUGAAAAGAGGUCUGUACAAGGAUGACAUUGCACAGGUGGACUAUGUUGAGCCAAGCCAGAACACCAUUUCUCUGAAACUGAUCCCAAGAAUUGAUUAUGAGCGAAUCAAAGCUCGAAUGAGUUUGAAAGACUGGUUUGCUAAAAGAAAAAGAUUCAAGAGGCCGCUUCAGCGAUUGUUUGAUGCAGAAAAAAUCAGAUCGCUGGGUGGAGACGUGACCACAGAUGGAGACUUUCUUAUAUUCGAGGGCAACCGCUAUAGCAGAAAAGGAUUCUUGUUCAAAAGUUUUGCCAUGUCUGCAGUGAUUACUGAAGGAGUGAAACCCACACUUUCUGAGCUUGAAAAGUUUGAGGACCAACCAGAGGGCAUUGACCUGGAGGUUGUGACUGAAUCAACAGGCAAAGAAAGAGAACACAACCUGCAACCUGGAGAUAAUGUAGAAGUUUGCGAAGGUGAAUUGAUAAACCUGCAGGGUAAAAUCUUGAGUGUGGAGGGCAACAAGAUCACAAUUUUACCCAAACAUGAAGAUCUGAAGGAUCCUUUAGAAUUUCCAGCUCAUGAAUUACGCAAAUACUUCAAAAUGGGAGACCAUGUGAAGGUGAUAGCAGGGCGAUAUGAAGGAGAUACAGGACUGAUUGUGCGAGUGGAAGAGAAUUUUGUCAUUCUUUUUUCGGAUCUAACAAUGCAUGAGCUGAAAGUGCUCCCAAGGGAUUUGCAGCUAUGCUCAGAGACUGCAUCUGGAGUUGAUGCUGGAGGUCAGCAUGAGUGGGGUGAACUGGUCCAACUUGAUCCACAGACUAUGGGAGUCAUUGUCCGGCUGGAGAGGGAGACGUUCCAGGUUCUUAAUAUGUAUGGAAAGGUCAUUACUGUACGGCAUCAGGCAAUAACUCGGAAGAAGGAUAAUCGCUUUGCUGUGGCCUUGGACUCUGAGCAAAACAAUAUUCAUGUGAAAGACAUUGUCAAAGUCAUUGAUGGACCACACUCAGGUCGUGAGGGUGAGAUCAGACACUUGUAUCGUGGCUUCGCAUUUCUACAUUGCAAGAAAUUGGUGGAAAAUGGCGGUAUGUUUGUUUGUAAAACCCGACACUUAGUACUUGCUGGAGGUGCAAAGCCAAGGGAUGUAACAAAUUUCACAGUGAGCGGUUUUGCGCCGAUGAGCCCCCGCAUUAGCAGUCCAAUGCACCCCAGUGGUGGAGCCCCGCGAGGCGGUUUUGGAGGACAAGGGGGAAUGGGCCGUGGUCGAGGUCGUAGAGAUAAUGACCUGAUUGGACAAACGGUUCGCAUUUCACAAGGACCAUAUAAAGGUUACAUAGGUGUGGUAAAGGAUGCGACAGAAUCCACAGCUCGCGUAGAGCUUCAUUCCACCUGCCAGACCAUUUCUGUAGAUCGCCAGCGCCUCACUACAGUGGACUCCAAGAAGAAGGGUGGCUUGACAUCUGCUUACAGUCGUACCCCAAUGUACGGUUCCCAAACCCCAAUGUAUGGAUCAGGAUCUCGGACACCCAUGUAUGGCUCCCAGACACCUUUACAUGAUGGAAGUCGAACUCCACAUUACGGCUCGCAAACUCCAGUUCAUGAUGGGAGCAGGACUCCAGGACAAAGUGGAGCUUGGGAUCCAAAUAAUCCCAACACACCAUCCAGGAAUGAUGAUGAGUAUGAUUUCCCUUACGAUGAUGAGCCCACCCCAUCUCCACAGGCAUAUGGUGGAACACCCAACCCACAAACCCCAGGCUACACGGACGUGCCAUCUCCGCAGGUUAACCCGCAAUAUAACCCUCAAACACCUGGAACACCAGCAAUGUACAGCACAGAUCAGUUUUCUCCAUAUGCGGCUCCAUCUCCUCAAGGAUCUUACCAGCCCAGCCCCAGUCCACAAAGCUAUCACCAGGUCGCACCAAGCCCUGUGGGCUACCAAAAUACUCACUCACCUGCCAGCUAUCACCCAACACCGUCACCAAUGGCAUACCAGGCAAGCCCAAGCCCAAGCCCUGUUGGUUAUAGUCCAAUGACACCCGGGGCCCCGUCGCCUGGUGCAUACAACCCUCAUACACCAGGUUCCAGUAUUGAUCAGGGGUCCAAUGACUGGGUAACGACUGACAUCAUGGUUAAAGUGCGGGACACCUAUUUGGAUGCACAGAUCAUAGCGCAGACUGGAGUAAUCCGCAGCGUGUCGGGUGGCCUUUGCUCCGUGUAUCUGUCUGACACUGACAAAGUAGUCAGCAUCUCGAGUGAACAUCUUGAACCUGUCACCCCUAUGAAAAGUGAUAAGGUGAAGGUGAUUCUAGGUGAAGAUCGGGAAGCCACAGGUAUGCUGCUCAGUAUUGAUGGUGAGGAUGGAAUUGUUCGAAUGGAACUGGAUGACCAGCUAAAGAUUCUCAACCUGAGGUUUCUUGGGAUCCUCAGUGAAGAAGGGGCAUUGAGUGCAACACCCUCUGGCAAAGAUGUAUAUAGUCGAAAGUAAAAUUUCUGUGAAGUUUUUGUUCAGACUUUUAGGUUUCCCUUUUGUGUUCUUGCUUUGAUAAUGUCUUGCUUAUUGUGGCCAGGUGUUAGCAGUGGUUCGUUCAAAAGAUCAAAAACAGCAGCAAACAACUGUUUGAGCAAAAGAAUGAAUGUGGAUUAAUUUGACUACAAAAAGCAAAGGAGGUUCUUUUUUCCUUCUGAAAGUUGUUUGAUGCAAGAAAUGGGUUAUAGAUGCAUUUGUUUUUUUUUAAAUUAAACACAACAUGGAGAAUGAUUUGUGUGUGAACAGGUAACUGAGUUUGUAAAUGUGAGGCUUGGAGGCAGUGAAUACUUUUGUAGCAAUUGAAUAGCACUCCUACGGGAUGAUACUGAAGGCUAUUUUUAUACAAAAAGGUGUUUGUACAGAUGUGAGAAGUCACAUGAAAGAAUAGACUGCUUUGACAAAAAUUACUGCAACUAUUUUUAAAAAAAAAAAAAGCAGCUUGUAAAUUUAUAUUAUUG